UGUUAUUUGCGUGGAAUCAUCACGUUCUUCAAGUCUAAGUGGAGAGAACAUCCUUGAAAGGUCUAGGUAAAUGUCCGAUUGCAGAACCCUUGCAUGAGCCAUGUCCCACACACCCUCAAAUGUUCUUCAGACGUAAUUCGUUACCGGCUCUCACUAACCCAUUGUUAAUGAGGCUGGUUAAUCGUUGCGUUGAUAGGAUAAAGGUCUAAUGUUCCCCCCUAGCGCCUCUUCAAUGAUGUCGUUUGAACGCGUUGAUAAUGGUUUAUGAGUGCUAUUUUGGUGGCCGAAUGUGUGGUUUGUAAGCUUGACAGUAAGACCCUGUCUAGAGCUGAUCACCAGAUCCAUGGCAUUGUCCUUGGGUCUCGUCAGAGCAGACUGUCGAUAGCUCUAUAAAGCCCUCUGACUUAAUAAACCCUGGACUCCCCUUCCCCACUACUUGACGAUCCAGUAGCCACCAGUUGCAGAGGAUGUCCAGCGGCAUGACUUCAUUGACCUUUCUUGAUCCGAUUUUGGAGCAAGCGUAGGUCAUCUGCAAUGUUUCGUUCCAUGGCAAGUACUAGUAGUAAAGCUUCUAAUGUGAAACAAUAGUUCGGAGCAUCAGGAUCCUGUGUUGCCAAAACACCCACCACGGAGGUCGGUAACCAUAUCGAAUGGCGAUCGUAAUGAUGCAGCCACUAAACUGCGAACCAAAUUGGCAUUACGUCGAUGCAAGACGGAAAAUUCCACCGUGGUUGCCUCGUUAGACCCGCCAACUAUGUCUGAUGGGUUAACAUUGUUUCAUCCACGAGCUUCCUUUGACGCCAGCGACUCGUUCUCAUCCUCCGACGACGAAGCACCAACCCCAUUCAAGCAAGGUCGAUAUCCUUCAGAUGCGUAUAUGGAGCCGCGGCCCUCCUUGCUGCAAAGGGAAGUCUCUGUGAGCUCGCCAGAGUUCUCCUUGACGCAAAGACUCUGCAUCCCAGGCACUUCCGGCUCACGUCCAUCAAUGACUCUUGGGUCUAUGGCCACAUGCAACGCGCCCAGCAGCUCGUUACAAUCGCGCAGGGAUAUCUCGACCGCAGCUGAUCGCCCACGGACCCCGAUUCCUUCCGGCAUGGAGGAAGGGGCAGAAUUCCCAUUUCCCUUCCUUUUCUUCGAAGCAGACCAUUAUCGUUCACCUCCCGUGGGAUCCAUAUCAACUCUCCAAAGUGACUCUGUACAUGUUCCAGUUGGCAUGCCUCUCGAUGUAAUUAAAGAAUUCGAUAAGACACCGUCGUCACCUUCUUCAAAGAAAUUGCGACGUAUCUUGAACAAGAUAAAGAAACUCAUGCAGAAGGAACCCUCACCAAAGUUUUUGCUGUGAAAUUUAACGAUGCAGGCAUGUCGGUGAGAUUACCUAGCAGUUGGGUACAAUCAGUGGUUGAUCCACUUUUGUAAUCAUGCAAAAUACCCCCAUACCAAGUGCUUGGAAGACGGGUCUAGCUUAGAAUUGUAUAAUAGAUUGCCUUGCUUUGUGCUGUUUGGUUGUGCACUUGUCUAUAUGUAUUGGUUCUGUAUGUUAUUUGACGUUUCCUAGCAGCAUUUGGCUGUCAAGAUGCCAUAGAUCAUCAUCCCUUUCAUAGCCAA